AUGGCAAGGCGGCUGCUGCUGCUGCUGCCGCCCUCCCUCGCCUUCCAGCCAGAACCGGCCUCCCCCAGUGAGGACAAGAGCCCCCUCGGCAGAGGGGAGCUGGAGCAGGGACUGCCAGCGCCCCCCCCACCAGCAGCCCCCCCGGACCCCCAGCAGCAGUCCCCCCGGGCUUGCUCCUCUACCUCCAUCAAAGUGGAAGGAGGUGGAGGGUGCGACCAGAUCACCCCAGAUGAGGAGCAGAGGCUGGGCCAAGCCGGUUUCAUGCAGAGGCAGUUCGGGGCCAUGCUCCAGCCAGGCGUCAACAAAUUCUCCUUGAGGAUGUUUGGCAGCCAGAAGGCCGUGGAGAGGGAGCAGGAAAGGGUUAAGUCUGCCGGGUUCUGGAUCAUCCAUCCCUACAGCGACUUCAGGUUUUACUGGGAUUUGACCAUGCUGCUCCUAAUGGUAGGAAACCUGAUCAUUAUCCCUGUGGGCAUCACUUUCUUCAAGGAUGAAAACACUACGCCAUGGAUUGUCUUCAAUGUGGUUUCGGACACAUUCUUCCUCAUCGACCUCGUCCUCAACUUCCGAACAGGCAUUGUGGUGGAGGACAAUACAGAGAUCAUCCUAGACCCACAGAGGAUCAAGAUGAAGUACCUAAAGAGCUGGUUUGUGGUGGAUUUUAUCUCCUCCAUCCCAGUGGACUAUAUCUUCCUGAUUGUUGAAACCCGCAUUGAUUCUGAGGUAUACAAGACAGCCCGGGCACUGCGCAUCGUGCGCUUCACUAAGAUCCUCAGCCUCCUACGGCUUCUGCGGCUCUCCCGGCUCAUCCGCUAUAUUCAUCAGUGGGAGGAGAUCUUCCACAUGACCUACGAUCUGGCCAGUGCAGUGGUGCGGAUUGUGAACCUGAUUGGGAUGAUGCUACUGCUAUGUCACUGGGAUGGCUGCCUCCAGUUCCUUGUGCCUAUGCUGCAGGACUUUCCUGACGAUUGUUGGGUUUCCCUCAACCGCAUGGUGAAUGACUCCUGGGGGAAGCAGUAUUCCUAUGCGCUGUUCAAGGCAAUGAGUCACAUGCUCUGCAUUGGGUAUGGGCAGCAGGCGCCCGUUGGCAUGUCAGAUGUGUGGCUCACUAUGCUGAGCAUGAUUGUCGGUGCCACCUGUUAUGCCAUGUUCAUCGGCCAUGCCACAGCCCUAAUCCAGUCUCUGGACUCCUCACGGCGUCAGUACCAGGAGAAGUACAAACAAGUGGAGCAGUAUAUGUCCUUCCACAAGCUCCCUGCAGACAUGCGGCAGCGCAUCCAUGAUUACUAUGAGCACCGCUACCAAGGGAAGAUGUUUGAUGAGGAGAGCAUCCUGGGAGAGCUGAGUGAGCCGCUCCGAGAGGAAAUCAUAAACUUCAACUGCCGGAAGCUGGUUGCCUCCAUGCCCCUCUUUGCCAAUGCAGAUCCCAACUUUGUGACCUCUAUGUUGACCAAGCUGCGGUUCGAGGUGUUUCAGCCUGGGGAUUAUAUCAUACGGGAGGGCACCAUUGGCAAGAAGAUGUACUUCAUCCAGCACGGGGUGGUGAGCGUCCUCACCAAAGGCAAUAAGGAGACCAAGCUGGCAGAUGGCUCCUACUUUGGAGAAAUUUGCCUGCUGACCCGUGGCCGGCGCACAGCCAGCGUGCGAGCUGAUACCUACUGCCGUCUCUACUCCCUCUCAGUGGACAACUUCAAUGAGGUGCUGGAAGAGUAUCCCAUGAUGCGGCGAGCUUUUGAAACUGUGGCUCUUGACAGGCUGGACAGAAUUGGCAAGAAAAAUUCCAUUCUGCUGCAUAAAGUCCAGCAUGACCUCAAUUCGGGUGUUUUCAACUACCAAGAAAAUGAGAUCAUCCAGCAGAUUGUGCAGCAUGACAGAGAAAUGGCACACUGUGCCCACAAUGUCCAGGCUGCCGCCGCUGCUGCUGCCGCUGCUGCAUCCACACCCACCCCUGUCAUCUGGACUCCACUGAUCCAGGCACCCCUGCAAGCUGCAGCAGCCACCACUUCUGUCGCGAUAGCUCUGACCCACCACCCACGCCUGCCGACAGCCAUCUUCCGUCCUCCAGUGUCCGUCUUGGGUUCCUUGGGACAGCAAUCCAACCAGACUCCAAGACAGCUGAAAAGGCUUCAGUCUCUAAUCCCGUCGACUGGGCCUUCUGCUGUUGGCUCUCCCUCCAGUACUCCAUCCCAGCUGCAUACACUGGGAGCAGAAACCCCUUCGUCCUCUUCCUUCCACAUCCAGCAGCUCGCAGGAUUCUCAGCUGCCACCGGCUUAGGCCAGUUCCAGGUGGGAUCCCCUCCAGGUGGCUCAACCCAGCCGGGUUUGAGCAGCGCAUCCUUGGUGGGACUGAGCCAGUUCCAACAGGCACCUUCUGGAUCACCCUUAGGUACAGCUCAGCCCAUGCAGCAGCAACAGCAGCAGCAGCCGCCAGCCCUUCCCAGCAGUGGGUUUGGGCACUUCCAGCAAGCCACAACUAGCUCCCCAUCAGCGUCACUCACCCAGCUCUCAUCAAACUCUCCCCCCAGUCUUCUCAACCAGUUCCAGCCCACCACAAGACCACUGCAGGGGGGACAGUUACAGCAGCUCGCAGGCAGUGGGACUUUGGGUGGAAUGAAUCACUUCCAACCCCCUCCUUCUUCCAACUCGCCAUCCUCCAGCCUAAGCCAGCUGGCACAGGCCUCUGGUGGGCCGUCCUCAGGCCUGUGCCAAACACAGCCAAGUGCAUUAGGAUCUUUAACAGGAACGAUAGCCCAGCUCCACCAAGAACGGCCACCUUUUGCCUCCAUGUCUCCACUGCAACAAUCUGGUGUCGCGUCUCCCUGUUAUACCCCUUCUGGCCUUAGUCCUCCUAGUCAGAGCCCAGUGGCAACGAGAACUUUUCAGUGUGGCCCUUCUGCGGCCUCAGGCUCUCAUGGAUCUCUGCUCCUGCCUCAGACAGCCAGCCCACCUCCGCAGAUCUUGCAGUCCAAGAGCACGCCGCCUGUGCCACCGGGACGUCUGAACCAGGACAUCAAGAUGAUUUCUGCUUCCCAGCCAUCUUUGCCCCAAGAGCUGGCUCAGACACUGAGCCAAAGUUCUCCUCAUUCCUCUAGAGAAUCUGUUUCCAGCUUCUCUCCUUUUCCUGGUGGAGGGACUGGACUUCUUGGGAAGCCUUGUAGCUCAAUUCCUGGGCGUGUGACUUUACCACGUCAGAUGUCCUCAGGUUCUUUACCACACCCACUGGUGUUUGGGGCCAGCGCUGCAGGCGCUGCUGCUCUGACUGCUGGUGGGCGGAAAGAAUCCAUAGUGCUCACAGGAGAUCUGGAACCUGUCAGAUCCAAACUGCCCUCCAAUUUGUGA